AUGACAUCUAAAAAUGCUUCAACUACUGCAUCAACACAAUCUGUUAGAUCAAAGACAGAUCCUACAUGGGAGCAUUGUGCUGAGGUCAAGCUCCCAGAUGGCAAAGUUCGCCUAAAAUGUUUGUACUGUGCAAAAGAAUUUGCUGGUGGAGGGAUUCAUAGAAUGAAACAACAUCUUGUUGGAAAGAAAGGGGAUGCAAUAAGUUGUAAAAAGGCGCCUGCUGAUGUUCGCUACCAACUCAAAGAAAAUUUAAAGGAGAUUAGGGAGAAUAAAGGCAAAAAGCAAGAUAGUUAUAAAGAGGACAAUCCAUAUAGCCCUAAUGUCACACCAUUAGAAAGUCAUGAUGAAAAUUCAGAAGAAAUUUCUACUCCUCAAUCUCAAACCCUCAAGGAAAUUCAAUCACAAAGUCAAACUCAACUUGCAAAAAGAAAGGCUCCUAUUGACAAAUAUUUUGCACCAAGAACAACCCCAGGAGCACAGCCAGGGAUACGAAGUGUGCUUGCAGUAUUCUUUCAACUUAUGAUUGAUGCGUUUACAACUAUUGGCCCUAAUUAUAAAGGGCCAAGUUAUCAUGCCAUGAGAACUAAAUUACUGCUUGAUAUUAAAAAGGAAGUUCAGUUAAUGGUUGAUAGUUUUAGAAACUUUUGGGAUGAUACUGGUUGUACAAUCAUGGCCGAUGGUUGGCAAGAUCAAGCAAAUAGGCAAUUGAUUAACUUUCUUGUCUAUUCUCCUAGGGGAAUUGUUUUUAUUAAAUCUGUUAAUGCAUCAGACAUAGUCAAGGGUGCCCAAAAUUUGUGCAACUUGUUCACUGAAAUGGUUGACUUUGUUAGAGUCACAAAUGUUGUGCACUUGGUAACUGAUAAUGCAGCUAAUUAUAAAGCUGCUGGACGGUUAUUAUGUGAUAAAUUUCCUUCUAUUUUUGGUCUCCUUGUGCUGCACAUUGUUUGA